AUGGGAACAUCAGUCGGGUGUGCGCCUUCUCCUGAACCACUUUGGGUAAAUGCUGUUGUUGGAGCAAUCCCUGAAGGAGCUUUCAAUGGAGGCUAUGAUAAUGGAAUAAAUCUUAUCCUUUGUAGAGCUCUUCAUGAGGGCGUAUUGAUUCCUGGAAAAUUUAUUCCAACAUAUGGUUGCCAUGUUGGUUUGGGUGGUACCGAAUACGAAAAAAAAGAAUUCGAAGUAUACGUUGGAUCCGGUAGCUGGGUUGCUGGAGCUGGAUCAAAUAUUCCACCAAAUGCUGUGCUUGGUGUUGAACCCGAAGAUGGUGGUCCUGUUUACGUUUGUCGUGCCAAUCACGUAGGAAGUGUCACCAUUGGAAAAUUGAGUACACAAGGUGUAUGCUACAUCCCACAUGGUUGGCAGGAGCAUAGCUACACUGAUUUUGAAGUUCUCACUUCUUAA